AUGAAAGCAGACAGAGAUAUUUUUGCGAGACUAUUGGUUAUUUGUGGAAAGCGAGAAGUUUCUUUAAGAGACGUGCUUACUUAUUGUUUGGGGCCCAUUCCAUGGUCUUUGGCGACAGCAGAUGGUUGUCUGGCCAAGACAAAUAAAGCAAAGCUGCUAGAUGCGAUUGAAAUUCCAAAUGAUUGCGUUCGAGUGUAUGAUGGCAUGGUCAUUAUUCAGCAAACACCGUCUACCAGCCUAGAAACAUUUGGCGAUAUUUCCAAAUACGUCUUAGAGAGAAUCACAUCUGUUCAACAUAAAUUCGUAUAUUUUACAACCGACCAAUAUCGUGAAGAUUCCUUGAAAAGCUGUGAACGAAAGCGGCGAGCACCAGAAGGAAGCAUCCGUAUACAAAUUACCAGGCGAGAUAAAAAAAUACCUAAGCAGUUCAAAAAGUUCCUUGACAAUGGUUGCAACAAGGUGGGUCUGGUGCGAUUCUUCCUAGAAGAUUGGUCUGAUCCUGAACGUUUUAAAGCAAUAAUUGCACAUCGUGUUUUAUUCAUUACACUGGAGCCUCGCGCUUAUCGUUUGGAAGUGAAAGAUGACCUGGUUAGAUCUGUGCCUGAGGAAAAUCUCUUUUCUAAUCAAGAGGAAGCUGAUACCAAAAUGUUCCUUUGCUCGCAACACGCAAUUCAAGAAUUAUUUUGUGGAAGUAUUUGUAUUACAACCGUUGACAGUGACGUAGGCGUUCUUGCGACCUACUAUAAAGAUGUGCUGCCGAGCAAUUUAUUUCUUCAAAUUGGAUCAAAAGGCAAGAAAAGAAUCCUGGAUGUUUCAAAGAUGCACGAAAGUAUCGGAAAAGAUAUGUCUGAUGCCCUUCCGGCAUUGCACGCAUUAAGUGGCUGUGAUUACACCAGCCCUUUUUUUGGCAUAGAAAAACAGAAGAUGUACAAAGUUGUCAAGAAGUCUGAUAAUUUUAACGAUGUCCUGGCAAGUAUGGGAAGGAGUGUUAAUUUUGAAAUGGAAGUUUUCCCUAUAAUUCAGGAGAUAGUUUCCGAAUGUUAUGGCGUGAAAAACUGUCAAAGUAUUAACGAUGCGCGAUAUAGGAAGUUUUGUACAAAGGCAAAAGUUCCAAGAGCCGCAGCAACACCCACCUACAGAAGACGAAUUACUGCUCCAUUGACUAAGAGCCAAUUAUGUAACCUUUGUUUGGAAAUUUGCGUUGGUACCUAA